AUGGUCGUUAUAAAACCCAAGGAUCGGAACAUGCAAGGGAAACUUCCUGAACAAAUGAAGCCAAUGAAACAGGCAUUCAAGCUUCCUGAGAUGAAGCGGCGUGAUUGCCUUUCAGCAGGGCUUUCCCUUGCUUGUGAUGUUAAAGCUCUUGCUCUGUCAGCUUCAAGUCGCUGGAGCCUCUCCUCAGAGGUCUCUGUCCUCCUCCUUGCUUGGGAGGAGGAGCUUCGCCCCAGCCUGGAGGCUUUCCUGGGCGGCAUUCUAACUGGAGGUGUUGAGGAGGACUUCAGAGUGGUGAAGGUAAUGAAGAGGGCGAAUAGGUCCUUGGCAGAAUCGCUGAAUUCUUUUUCCCGGCAGGGUGGAACUCCACCGAAAGAUCUUGGAGACUCUCUCCUGGAUGUACAGGUCGCAAAACGUCGAACAGCAGACGGGAGACACACACAGCGAAAGGCGACUGACGAGAGACUGCCCCGACAGCACACAACGGACGUAGACGGAAGACCGUAG